GCGCAGCUAUUUGCCGUUAUAGCGCGCGUGUGCAGUAGCUCCCUCUUUUUCUGUUUAGGGAGGUAUUGGUGAAGUCGUUCCUGUUUUCACUGUGAAACCGGCCCUGACUUUUCUCGAAGUAUCAUGCAGCUGUUUCUACAUGCUCAGAAGAUCCACACUCUUGAUGUGACUGGGGAAGAGACUGUUGGGCAAAUCAAGGCCCAUGUUGAAUCCUUAGAAGGGGUCUCUGCUGUUGACCAAGUGAUCCUCUUGGCUGGCACUCCCUUAGAUGAUGAUGCUAUCAUCGGCCAAUGUGGUAUCAAUGAGCACUGCACACUUGAAGUAAUUGCUCGAUUAUUGGGUGGCAAGGUCCAUGGAUCCCUUGCUCGAGCUGGAAAAGUGAAAGGUCAGACUCCCAAGGUUGCAAAACAAGAGAAGAGGAAAAAGAAGACUGGCCGUGCAAAGAGGCGCAUGCAGUACAAUCGUCGUUUUGUAAAUGUUGUACCAUGCUUUGGAAAGAGGAAGGGACCAAAUUCAAACUCCUAAAAUGUUUUUCAGCAGAACCUGAAUUGAUUCAAUAAAUUGAUAUUUAUGCCUCAUUACCUCAGACUGGCUAACUUGACUGGAAUUGUUUCAAAUGAAGCAACUGGUUUGUAUCGUAUUCCAAUCCUGUAGUAAUUUUAAAAACUUUUCAGCAACUUUGACAAUUGUCUUAUACUGUAGAACAGAUUAACUGUAUACUUCACUAAAAUAUACAAGUAUUCCACCCAAUUACAACACUUGUUAAUGUACUUUCAAGAUUUUCUUCUUUGUAUUCUACACAUUAAGUCUAGAUUCACGUUCCAAUUGCACUAUCUACUGGAUUCUAUAUUGUGUGCAAAAUUAUGCUGAGUGCAAUUUCAGUGUUAUUGGUAACUAUAUCUUUGAACUAAGUUUAAAUGAGUUACCUCACUGAAGUGGUACAAAGUCAUAAGUAGUGAUAACAAAUGAGUAAUUAACAUGCUUCACAGAUGGAGUAAAAAUAUUUUUGAUAAAUCUUUCAUAACAUACAACAUAUGCAAAAAGCAUUUAUCAAACUCUUUCGAGCAAAGAUUUGGAAUUGAGAAUAAACUUUCAAUAUUUCUAGUUUCUUUUUAAUAGUGUCACAUUUAAAGAAUCUGAACUGUCCUAAUCCCAGCUUGUCUUCAAUCAUGAUCUGAACUCGACCAUUUGAUGUUUUCAGUACAAAUCAUCGACAUGCCACAUGCAGAAUUUGUUUCUGCCCACGUUUCUCCUGAUCCACAAACUCAUCUGUUGCUAACUCAAGUAGAAAAUAAUUCAUACUGCUUGGCUGUCACUAGACGUUAAAGCAGAAGUUGGUACCCUGGUGAGUGCCUACACUUCCAGCAACUUAUGAAACCACCUCAAGUGAUGUACAAAAGACUAGUAGGCCUUUAGUAUUGUACAUGCUAAGUGUAAUUCAGUUUCACACCAGCAUUUAGAAGUAUAUUUCAUGAACUUACAACUUCCAGUGGUUUCAAAACAUUUUAUUUUUGUUUGCAAUGUGAACAAUUCUCAAUACAAGCAAAGCCAGUUCUGAAAUGCAAGACUUAAUGAAAUCAGCAAAAAAAAACCUGCCUUGUGUGUAAUUAUGUUCAACACUCAAUUCAAUAAAGUUCUAUACAAAUGCA